ACAGGCUCAGACGUAUCUACGACCAUGACAUUUGACCGCAUAUCCUUGACCCAAGCAGCCAUCUCGUUAGCGUUGCUUUCCCUGGCCAAUGCUUACCCGUUUGGUGAGACAGAUGUGGACUGCAGGAAGAUGAUACCGUCACAGCUGACGUCACCACCUCAGAGAGGGCCACCUCCAUAUAAUAUCAGCGUCAGCAUGAACAUGCACGGUGUAGGCAUGGAACUUAUAGUAACUGUCAAAUCAACCGGAACACGCAAAAUAAGAGGUAUACUUAUACAGGCCAGGAGUGCCGAAUGUCCGCUUCCGGGAAAACCUGGCAGCAUGAUGCCUAUUGGAAGUUUCACCAAUGUAGAAGGAUCUUAUAAAAUGAAACCCAUCAACUGCUUUAAGGAAACAAAUAGCGCAAUAACGAAUCUUAACUGGGGACUGGAUGAUAGCAUGGAAGCUACAUGGAAAGUUCCGGCUACUGAACAGAGAAAGAUUCGGUUCUAUGCUACUGUUGUGGAUGACGAACAGACAUAUUGGGUCGGGAUCCAAUCAGAGGUCAUCCGUCACAUCAGUGAUACAGCAGAGGAUGACGGGAUAUCUUGUCAAUCAGAGACCAUAACAAAUAAACCGCCAUCGUCCGGAUCUCUUGCUAAAGAAAAUAGCGCAAGCAAGUCAUUUGAAGUCAACACACUUUCGUUUACCAUGGUUGCUCUGCUUAUUAGUAUUUUUCUGCGAUGAACUGGACACUUGAUUUUGGGUCAUUGAAAACCAAUGUUGAAGCCGAUUGCAUUACCUCGGUCGAUACUGGACUGCGAUUAACCGGAAGUAAACAACAGCGUGGUAUGCUUGGAAAAUACUACUGGCGUGUUAACGCCAAUCCUUCCCACAUCCUGGACGGUUUUUUUUGUUCUCGGUCUUGGUCUUCUACACAAGAAGAAGACGAAAGAAAAUUCAGUUUCUCGGCUAGUUUCAACAUAAGUCGGCGACAACUUAUUUCUAUCGACAGUCAUCCCCCUCCUUCCAUUGUUUCUAGUAUGAAUUGCGAUGUAACAAUGUCCAUACACAUUUGUGUUGCAGUGUUGUAGUGUUAAAGUGUUAACAUGCCAUAUAUGUAUGUCGACUAGGCGAAAGGGGUUGCAGCGUUAGGUUAUGUGUUUUAUGUCAGUCAAUGAUUUGUUUAUAGGCAACAAUAUGUGUCUUAUCUACAACCAAUUAAUAUUUAAUAUAUGAAAAUAAUAAACUAAAGGAAGGGUUUCUGCUGAUUUAUAGGAACUUUUAAUCAUUUUUGACAUUUAUCAUUCUGGUGAAAAGCAUUAACUAAGGAUAUGUACCAUGUGAGCAGUAUGAUUUAUCCCCAAUGAGCAGUAUCCUAUAUACCGUUUGCGCUGUCUGAUAUUAUUAAUAAUUCCAUUGCAUAUUGAUCCGUUUUAGAAUUGUAUCAUGACAGGCAUACCAACGGCACAUGGUGUCUCUGUAAGAUAAUAGGAGAAAUAUUUUGUAAAAUUAAGGGUACUUAGAGCUUACCUUGAUUAGGAAAAUCAAUAAAUACAUCCACACAAAUCAUGAAAGAGUUAAUUCAGUAGUCCUAGACCUUUGCAGCACUGACGUUUAGCUGGGUUUUUUUUAUUAUCAUUGUAAUAUUCACGGAAACUUUGGAUUCUUUUUACUCAAAAAAAGACCAAAACAUUUUAAGUAUUUUUAGCAGAGAAAAUGAAUAUGACAAAAAAGAAAUCAAAUCAGAACCCAUCUUGAAACUAAAAAGAUGUUGAUUUUUUUUUUGAUUUUUUUUUUUUUUUGUAUUGUAGAGUUGUCUUACUUAAUAUGAGAACAGAGAUGAUUUAUACCUUUAUGUAGACUACUGAAGAUUUGAGCAUGAUUCACUAUAUUUCAAAAUGUUAAAAACAGUUGAUUCAUGUUAUUAAAAUUGAAUAACUGUACACACAAAGGUACGGUAGGAUGCACGGUAGUCUAAUGGUAGGACGCUGGGCUCGUGACCGAAGGGUUCGAGUCACGGCACGGCACUGUGUUGUAUCUUUGAACAAGACA